UCAUAAAUACCAGUAUUUUACCGACAUUUGUAAUUAUCAUAGUUGCUCCCGCUCUAAAAGCGGUAUAGAAAAGUAAUAUCUGCUAGCAGUAUGAAUCGAAAUAUUGAUAUUGAUAAUGUCGACACCUAUGUAAUUACCGAACGAAUAGAAAGUGGAAGUGGCGACUCGGGUGAAUCAGAGUGCUCGGACAAUGGUGGUGGCAUCGAUGAUGAUUCGAGUAGUUUAAGUUCUCGUACUACUGGUGGUAAUGGCUACGGCAAACGAUGGUCAAGGGCUGAGGAUAACCUACUUAAAGGGCUUGUUGGACAGUAUGGGGAUCAAUGGGAGUUGAUUGCACCACAUUUUAAGGAUCGCACUGAACAACAAGUUCAACAGCGAUGGGCUAAGGUGUUAAAUCCCGAAUUGAUCAAAGGUCCCUGGACAAGAGAAGAAGAUGAGAAAGUUGUUGAGCUUGUGCGGCGAUUCGGACCAAAGAAAUGGACAUUAAUAUCGCGAUAUUUAAACGGUCGCAUUGGAAAGCAAUGUAGAGAACGCUGGCAUAAUCAUCUCAAUCCCAAUAUUAAAAAAACAGCUUGGACCGAAGAAGAGGACCGUGUAAUUUUCAAUGCACACUUAGAAUGGGGAAACCAAUGGGCAAAAAUAGCAAAGCUUCUUCCUGGACGAACGGAUAAUGCUAUAAAGAACCACUGGAACUCUACCAUGAGGCGUAAGUACGAUCCUCAUCGUUUGAGGGUGUUGGCACGUCAGUACCCCGAUUUGCAAGACUCGCGUUCUAAUUUAAAAGCGCUUAUUAAAGCCAGUGCCAACACUGCAUCUCAGCCGCAAGUACAGGCACCAGCCCCGUCUCAAGCGCUUUCUUUGUCCGCGCAAAUCUUACAACGCCCCCAAGUGCAGCGACCACAAAACGAAGAGGCUCAAGAACAACCGAGCACAUCCGGCGCGGCUGCUAUCCAAAAUUCAGCACAGCAAGUUUCAAAGCCACCGCCUACACGUCCACAACCAAAUAUAUUAAAACGUGCCCGACCACAGUUUGAUGCACAAUUGCAACAACCACAAUUUUUAGAUAUAGUGACAUGUUCAACAAACACACUAACAACAGCGGUUGGCAUAGAGAACAUAGGUGUGGCAGGCAAUCACUGGAUGAAAACGGAAACCAAAUUACCUGAAUCGCCAGUUAUGACUCCUAUAAAACCGCUCCCCUUUUCACCCUCGCAAUUCCUCAAUUCACCAUGCUUACCGUCAUUCGAAGACAUUAGCCUGCGUGCCAGUACGCCGGUGCAUAAAGGUAGUGGUCGCCCCGGAGUAGAAAUCAAAAAAGAAUUGGAAAGUUCUUCCAUUGAAACACCACAAAAAAGUAUAUUGGGGCCACGUACACCUACACCUUUCAAAGACGCUCUAGCCGCUUUGGGCAAAAAGCGUCGUUACAUUCCUCCGAGUCCAUCCUCCUUGGUCGAGGACCUGGCCGAAAUCAUACACGAAGAACAGGUGAAUGACUCAAAUAAUAUGGCUAUCAAAAAAGAAAACAUGUCGUCAGAUACGGAUUUGACAAGCGAUAUAUCCAGAAGUACCGCUGCUGGCUCAACAUCGCAACCGACAAAGAAAGCACGGAAAUCGCUUAUCACCAGUUGGGGUGAGAAUGUUAUGCCGAGUGCAGGAAUUAAACAAGAAAAAAAGCCGCUACCAUUUGAGACAGAAACACCCAGUAAAUUUUUGACACCAAACGAGUCGAUUGCAUUUUCACCUACAACGAUGAUCAUGAAGGACACACUAUGCAGUGAGGCUGAUCUAUUACUCGAUACCAAUGAAGAAGCCAAAAAAGAGAAUAGUCCACAACAGAGACAACAACAACAACAGCAAGGGCAGAAUGCGUUGUCAAUAUUGCCGUCACGUGAGCGAAGUGGUCAUCAGUACUUGGAUCCGAAAUGGGAGAGAUUAGCAUGUGGUCAGACCAAGGAUCAACAAUUUAUGGUGCAACAAGCUCAUGCAUGCCUCAAGAAUCUCUCACUAAUGCCACGAUCACUAAACUUCGAAAAGCAAAAAUGACGUGAACGCAAAGAAAAAACCACUGUGAGACAUUCUUUAACAGUAAUUGUUGAUUAAAUACUUAUGCCCAACUGCUCACACAUACAUAUAUAUUGUAUACUAAUUUAGCUUAUAUUGAAUUAUUGUUCUAUUACUACGAUUGUUAUCGUGCUAAACAAACUUUUAUUAUUAUGUAUUUUUUUUACACUAACAUGUAUUUAAUGUUUCCAAACGAAUGAUUUGUGAAAUGCGUGCACAUAUAUAUAUUCAGAUUUUAUUUGUAUUUAUUAUUAUUUUUAUAUACUGCAGAGCUGGAAUCGUCUAGACUUUAGUCCAAAUAGGUUUGAAGAAUGCUUUUAGUAUGCGAUGAACGUUUUAUAAAUUAUGUAUGAUUGCACAUACAUGUACCAACAUUAUAUACAUAAUCAAUAUAGCCAUAGCUAAGUAAUUAUAAGUAUAAUUUGUCUAAUAAAGAAUUUCACGGAAAUUAAACACCGAUAUUUAGGACUAAACACUAA